AUGGCUACCUCCGGCGCAACCUCUUCUGCUAAAAAUCCACCGCUGAGGAAUCUUCAAACCAGGUUGAAGGCAUUACUUGAAAUGUUUAAAAACUUAACCACGUUUGCGAACACAUUGGGCGAGGUAACAUCAGUUCAACAGAUUCAGGUCAGGUUGGAAAAAUUGAACGAACUCUGGGAUAAGGUCAACGAUGCUAUCAUGGAUGUUGAAAUGCAUGAUGAGUAUCAAACGAAGGAAGGCAACUGCCCAGGCAUAAGGUCGGACUUCACCACGCGCUUCUACGAUGUUAAGGCGAGCAUGUUGGACCGGAUCAAGGAGCUGGAAGGAAAUGCUGCGAAUACUAGUGUCUUGCAGUCCACCCGUAUCAUGGAUUCAUCCAUUCAGCCAGUGACGGAACAUGUGAGGUUACCCCAAAUACGUCUGCAGACAUUCGACGGCAACAUUGACCAGUGGCUGAGUUUCCGAGAUCUUUUCCUGUCGCUGAUCCAUUCAAAGGUGGACUUACCGGAUGUGGAAAAAUUCCACUACCUCAAGGGAUGUCUAGCUGGAGAAGCUAGAUCGCUCAUCGACCCCUUGGCAUUGACGAGGGCCAACUACUCCAUCGCUUGGGACACUUUGAUGUCAAGAUACAACGACAGCAAGGUUUUAAAACGUCGUCAGGUUGGAAAUUUGUUCAAACUUCCGAAAGUUUCCAAAGAAUCGUCAUCGGAGAUCCAGGUGUUGCUCGAAGGUUUUGAACGUGUUGUGCAAACCUUAGACCAACUAGUGAAACCUGAAGACUACAAGGAUUUACUGCUGUUGGAAGUAUUGUGUUCCAGACUAGACCCCGUCACGCGUCGUGCUUGGGAAGAGCAUAGCGCGCUCCAGAGCCAGGAUACCGUAAAGGAUCUUACGCAGUUCCUGCAAACGAGAGUCAAAAUUCUUGCCUCACUGCCAUCCAAAUCACACGAUCCCAAGCCGGAGCUGUCACAGUUACCCAAAAAGAAUGUCGUCCCCAGAACCAGCUAUAGCGCAACUCAAUCAUCACAAGGAUCUUGUAUUGCUUGUCCAGAUUCGCAUCUCCUCUACACGUGUCCAGCGUUUUCGAGACUGAAUGCCUCCGCUCGUGAUAAGCUACUGAGACAACACUCGCUAUGCCGCAAUUGUUUCCGGCGUGGCCAUCAAGCUUCGGAAUGCAGAUCAAUGCAGGUGUGUCGGAAAUGCAGGGGAAAGCACCAUACUCUAGUGUGCUUCCGAGAAGAUAACGCAGGAUACAGCAAUACGCGAAUGGUACCACCCCCCAGAAGUAGUCAACCAGCUGCUCUCCAACCGAAUACUUCAACAGAAACAGUUUCUUCAAAUGUUGCAAGGAGCCGUUCCUCAACUAUUAUUCUCGCUACAGCAGUCGUUUUAGUGGAAGACGACACCGGCAAGACCUUUCAUGCAAGGGCAUUAUUAGAUUCAGGGUCAGAGUGCAACUUCAUGACAGAGAGGCUCUGUCAGCAAAUGAAGAUUUCAAGAAGACGUUCGAACAUCUCAGUUUUGGGAAUCGGCAAGGCGAAUACCACUGUGAAGUACCAGAUUUCAGCAGUUGUCAAGUCGCGAAUAUCGGGUUUUGCGAGGAAGAUGGAGUUUUUACUUUUACCAGCGGUUACUGCAGAUCUGCCUACUACCAGCGUGACGUUUUCAUCGUGGAAGUUCCCACAGGGUGUGGAACUAGCAGAUCCAGUAUUUUUCCAAUCCAAAUCAGUGGAUUUGGUAUUCGGCAUUCAACAUUUCUUCUCCUUCUUUCAAACCGACAACAAAAUCCCGCUAGGCAGAGGGCUACCAAUGCUGAUAGAUUCGGUAUUUGGUUGGUUGGUCACCGGUGCAGUCGAACAUCAGGAUUCAUCACCACACAUCGUUUGUAAUACGGCAUCUACAGUAAAUCUCGACGAACUUCUCACCAGGUUUUGGUCGUGUGAGGAGAUAGGGUCUCCGAACACAUUUUCCCCGGAAGAACAACGCUGCGAGGAGCAGUUUGUUCGCACAAUCCAUAGGAGUUCUGAUGGACGAUAUACUGUUGGCUUACCGAAAAACGACCAGGUGCUUUUGACGAUGGGCGAGUCGCGAGGCAUUGCACUUCAGCGACUGAGUGGCUUGGAACGCAGAUUGGUGAGGCAUCCAGAUUUGCGGAGUCAGUACAACGAAUUCAUGGAGGAGUACAUACAGCUAGGGCACAUGCGCAGGGUGCAUGUGGGCCCGGAAAAACGUUGCUAUCUACCACACCAUCCAGUCAUCAAACAGGCCAGCACAACCACGAAGGUUCGAGUGGUGUUUGACGCAUCAUGCAAGAGCAGCACCAGUAUUUCCCUGAACGAUACACUCUUGGCAGGACCCGUUAUCCAGGGCGAGCUUCGAGCUCUCAUCAUGCGUUGCCGCACGAAACAAAUUAUGAUUGUCGCGGACAUCGAAAAAAUGUUCAGACAGAUCGGAAUCGAUGAAGAAGACAUACCGCUUCAAAGCAUUCUGUGGAGGAAGAAUCCAUCGGAGGAGGCGAAGACCUAUGAACUGACUACCGUCACAUACGGAACAAAACCGGCACCGUUUCUUGCCACCAGAACCUUGAAACAGUUGGCCACAGAUGAACAGGAAAGAUUUCCUAAUGGAGCCAAAGCUAUUAUGGAGGACGUCUACAUGGACGACGUUAUAACCGGUACAGAUAAAGCAAGCGCAGCCUCGAAACUAUGUGAGGAAUUAAUCAAUCUAACGAGGAGUGGAGGGUUCCGACUGCGAAAAUUUGCUUCGAAUUCAACGACAGCCUUGCGCGUAAUAGAAGAGGAAGACAUAGCGCUGCCGCAUAGUAACGAGAUACAGCUCGACCCAGACCCUGCAGUCAAAACCCUAGGUCUUGUUUGGCAACCUCGGACAGACAUUUUGCGAUUUAACUUUACCAUUCUGCAGAUAUCAGAAAACGAAAGGUUAACCAAGCGGAAAAUACUGUCGGCAAUCGCAAUGUUGUUUGAUCCUCUUGGAUUAGUCGGAGCAGUAACCACUACCGCAAAGAUAUUUAUGCAGAGGUUGUGGAAAUUGAACGAGAAGGGUGAAAGACUCGACUGGGAUCAACCAGUACCAGUUGAAGUAGAAAAAGAAUGGCGUUAUUUCCACCAGCAGCUUCAUUUCAUGAACAAUUUGAAGAUUCAACGUUGUGCAGUCAUCCCAAAUUCGGUACGUAUGGAGCUACAUUUCUUUUCGGAUGCAUCGGAGAAGGCAUACGGCGCCUGCGUGUAUAUCAAAAGCAUCGACACUCAAGGAAGAAGCUUCGUACAUCUACUAGCAUCGAAAUCGAAGGUCGCGCCGUUGAAAUGCCAGUCGAUACCAAGGUUGGAGCUAUGCGGAGCCCUUCUGUCAGCCGAAUUAUCCUUCAAGGUUCGAGAUGCGUUGAAGACCCAGAUGGAUAUACACUUUUGGACGGAUUCAACUUGCGUUCUACAAUGGUUGAAGGCGAUUCCAACUACAUGGACAACGUUCGUGGCAAAUCGUGUAGCGAAAAUCCAAACAGCAACGGAGAACUGUGUUUGGAGACACGUUCCUGGCAUACAGAAUCCUGCAGAUUUGAUUUCCCGUGGAUUAUAUCCAGACCAGAUCCAGGACAGCAAUCUAUGGUGGAAUGGUCCCGAAUGGCUACUACAGAAUCAUUACCCGAACCAGCCAAGUAGCUUUAGCACCGAAGGAGUAAAUACAGAAGUACGAAAUGUAACAGCGAACCUGGCAACUAGUCAAAAUGAUUUCGGAAUGGAUUAUGUAAACAAAUUUUCGUCAUUUACUAAACUUGUCCGAUGUACUGCGUACUGGAUGCGUCUAAUGCGAAUCUUGAAGAAAUCGGAACCAAAUCCAAGAAGUCUUUUAACUGUGGUAGAACUUCGGGAGGCCGAAUACGCCAUAAUACGACGAAUACAGAAGGAGACAUUUUCCGAAGAAUGGAAGUGUUUAGCUGAGGGAAAGGAUGUGCAUCGGAAUUCGCCGCUGCGGUGGUUCGUUCCUCAAAUAUCUUCAGAAAACCUUAUUCGAGUUGGUGGCCGAUUAGGAAAAUCAGAGGAGUCGGAAGAUACCAAGCACCCAAUAGUGCUACCUGCAAAACACCCUUUUACAAAGCUCUUAUACGAGUACUACCAUCAAAAGCUUAUGCACGCUGGAUCACAGUUGUUACUAAGCUCAGUUCGCCUGAAGUAUUGGCCACUUGGAGGUCGUAACGUUCCACGCCAGAUCAUACAUAAUUGUAAACAAUGUUUCCGCUCAAAGCCAAAUCCUAUUCAACAAUUUAUGGGUGAGCUGCCGUCAGAUCGUGUUACGAAAUCAAGACCGUUUAUGAAGACCGGAGUUGACUAUUUUGGCCCAGUGUACUUGCGUUUGGCACCAAGACGACCAGCAACAAAGGCUUACGUAGCUGUUUUCAUCUGCCUUUGUACCAAGGCAGUGCACCUUGAAUUAGUUUCGGACCUUUCGACAGAACGGUUCCUCCAAGCACUACGCCGAUUUAUUGGGAGAAGAGGAUACUGUGCCGACAUUUAUUCGGACAAUGGGACCAAUUUUGUGGGAGCCCGUAACUUCCUGCGGGAAUUACUGGAGAUCAUUCGCAACAGCCAACAUCAAGAAAGGGUAUCCAAGGAGUGCGUCAACAAUCACAUUCAAUGGCAUUUCAUCCCCCCAGCAGCUCCUCACUUUGGAGGCCUUUGGGAAGCUGCGGUUCGAUCGGCCAAGAAGCAUCUCCUGAAGGUUCUUGGAGAAAAUGCUGUUUCCUUUGAAGAAAUGACCACGUUGCUGGUCCAGGUAGAAAACUGUUUAAACUCAAGGCCCAUCACCGCAUUAACCGAUGAUCCAGGAAACCUUCAACCUCUUACUCCAGGCCAUUUUUUAAUUGGCGAAGCAUUCCAACAACUACCGGACAGAGACUUCCGAGAAGUGCCAAUGAAUCGUCUUAACCAGAGUCAAGUGCUCCAGAAAAAGCUUCAGCACUUUUGGGAUAGAUGGAGAGUAGAGUAUCUCACGCAACUGCAAGGACGAUACAAAAGAUGGAGGUCUCCUGUUGAGAUAUCCGUUGGCAUGCUGUUCAUCAUUAAGGACGACAACCUUCCACCCUCCCGUUGGAAAAUGGGACGCAUUGAGAAGCUGCAUCCAGGAUCAGACGGUGUUGUGAGAGUAGUUACUCUGAAGACUGCUGCAGGACCUUCUACGCGACCGGUCGAAAAACUUUGCCUGUUGCCAGAUGCAUUUCAGCCCAACGAAGACCGACAAAUACCCUCUGAGAACCAAACAGAUCAGUGCCCCCCCUCGUGUUCGUGA